UACUCAAGUGAUUGUCUACUGGUGUUUGGUAAGCUGUACGGUGUACUAGCACGGUACUCAGUACUACCGUACGCUGUACAUUGUCUUUGAGGUUCGGACUGACUGGAUCUUUCUCACAAAUCGGGUUCUCUUAACUAAAAUAAAUAAUACGACGUUUUGGAUUAUCUAACUGUGAACGCUUUCUCGGAGAAUUUUUUGUACCACCGACAAUGAUCGACACAACCACCAUCCAAGGGGAGGAGGCCUCUGUUGCCUCUUCAUCCACUACCGGUACUGCCUCUAUCGGACGUCGCUACUUGCCGCACCACUUGCUCUACCAUAACAGUGUCCCCAACUCACCUCCGGACUCGACCACUUUGGCGUCACAGCGACGCAAGGAUCAACUGAUAGUAGUAGCUCGCAACAUGGAAUCUCUACUCGAAAAGAGAGCGAGUACAAGUGCGGGGACUAACAGUGACGAAAAGUCCCUUUCGUCCUUGGAAAAACGCCGCCGGUUGGCUCAACUACAAAACGCUCAUGAUGACACCGACGCCGAUAUUUCCCGUGAUCCACACGCCGCAACCAUAAAGGAAGAGACUACUACUGAGGUAGCUUUGGGUAUGACCAUUACUGCAUCUCACCACCACCAUGGUACCAGAUCGAGGGAUUCUCCGUUGGAUACCACAAUUACGGUGAAAACUUGCUUUGGCGCUCCUCCUUCUCAUAUAGAAAAUGCCAAGACGGCAAACGAAGAAGAUGAUGAUGUUCCUGGUCUCAUUACAGACUCUUGCCACAAAAGGCAGGGUUCCUCCCUGAUUUGCAAAUUGCUCUUUGAGGAACUUCAAAAAGAAGAACCCAAGUCAGUGGCUCGGGCGGCAGAAAAACUAGGUUCCAUCUUCAAGCAUGGAAAUCCUCAAGAAUGCUCUCAAGCUGUCUCGUUAGGAGGUCACAGCGUGCUCAUUUCGGCCAUGAAAAAGUGGUCCCAGCAUGAGCCAAUUGUGUUGCACUGCUCCCACGCCAUAUUUCGCAUGAUUGGGACCUACACCAAACGAUGUGGUGGUGACAACGAUAGUCAGAACGACGAUGACGAAGAAGACGAAGACCGAUUUGAUCUGAUUGAAGGCUUUCUCGUCGCGGGAGCGCUCGAAGUCCUCGUCAAUGCCUUGCGUAACUUUCCAAGGUCGUCCGAAGUGCAAUUGUUUGGGAUGGGUGCCUUGGGUAAUCUGUUGGGGGCGGGUAUGGCAGCAGCACUGGUCAGUGACACGAGUCGCCAAGCAGCUCGGGAAUUUGUGGAAGAACACUACGGGGUCUCACUCCUCGUCACGAUCAUGACACGCUUUGCACACAAGCCAAAAGUACAGGAGUUUGGUUGUUGGAUUGUAGCUCGGUUGGCACGCAUGCGCCGAUUCCACGGUAUCCUCAAGAGAGAAGCUUUGGUAGCAGUCUCGACGGCGGUGCAGAACAACCCAAAAAGUGCCACCAUUAACAAGCAGGCGUCGAGUUUCAUGGCAUCCAUCUUUCGACUGCGACCGGCAUCCGAGGAACAAGGAGGACGGCAGGGAUAGCUUAGCUCUUGGGGUUGUGGUAAUUGGGUAGGACAGAACAUACAGUACCGUUGUAAAAUUUAAAGUAUCUCUAGAUCACCGGAGCCCUAGAGGUGAAGAAACUUUGCUCCCGAGGUACGAGCCCUCCAGAGGUGCAGCAUUUUGCCCCACCGGCACCGGUAGAUGUACAGAGUGUCCACCGAGGUGCUCUACCUACCGGUACGGGUAGAGGUGCAGCAUUUUGCCGUCAAGGUGGGAGCCCUGGAGGUGCAGCAUUUUGCCGCCGAGGUGCGAGCCC